AGCAUAGCGCGCGUGACGUCAUCGCGAGGCGCCGAGCGAGUCUAGAGGGAGCCUUGACCUCUCCGCGUGCGGAGCUGCGCCCCAAUGCUGCAGCUACUCCGGGCGGGGGCGCGGGCCUGCCUUCGGCCCACCGGCGGCCGGGGCCUGAACGCGCUGGCCGAAGAGGCAGGGCAGCAUCUGGAGAAGCCAGAGUCGUUGGCUAGAGCGGGUCCCCAGGUACCGGUGCUGCAUAAGAGCGACUUCCCGGUACCCGUGCACCGGCGUCCAGUGCAGGCCUGGGUCGAGUCCCUGCGGGGUUAUGAGCAGGAGCGUGUGGGUCUGGCCGAGCUGCACCCUGACGUUUUCUCCACGGCGCCCAGGUUGGAUAUCCUGCACCAGGUUGCUAUCUGGCAGAAGAACUUCAGGAGAAUUAGCUAUGCCAAGACCAAGACUAGGGCUGAGGUGCGGGGUGGUGGCCGGAAGCCCUGGCCACAGAAAGGCAGUGGGCGUGCAAGACAUGGCAGUAUCCGCUCCCCGAUCUGGCGAGGAGGAGGCGUUGCCCACGGCCCCCGGGGCCCCACAAGCUACUACUACAUGCUGCCCAUGAAAUUGCGGGUGCAGGGCCUCAAGGUGGCCCUGACCAUCAAGCUGGCCCAGGACGACCUGCACAUUGUGGACUCCCUGCAGCUGCCGACUGAAGACCCCCAGUACCUGACGGAGCUGGCCCGCUACCGCCGCUGGGGGGAUUCCGUGCUGCUGGUGGACUUAGCACAUGAGGACAUGCCUCAGAACAUCGUGGCAGCCACCUCCAGGCUCAAGACCUUCAACCUGAUCCCAGCUGUCGGGAGAAGAAACAGUUGAACCCAUGACAGGAUAUAUGUAAGGGGAGAGAGAUAGAACAAGACUGGCCGUGAGAACUGUGGAAGCUGUCACAUGUGGCUUCAGCAUAUGCCCUCUUUGCUGUUGAGAGCUUUCGCUGUAGUAAAAAGCCUUUUUUUUUUUUUUUAAGAGAUAGGUGAACACAGUUUUUCAGGGGGAGUUGUUGCUACCUGCAAGUCCCCAUGUCCCCCUCUUGGGACAGGGGCUAACCCAGAGAUGGAGGGGACUUCGCUGCCUUUGAAAAGUGCCCUUUUUAAAGGCCACCCAUGCUGAUUCAGGCUGGGAAAGGUAUAGUGAGCGGAUGGCGUUGGGAUCUGACUCCCAGAAAACCCAGAGGGCGAGAGGCAAGAGACUCUGAUGGUGGAGCCAGGUCUGCUUAUUGGUGGUCGACCUGGAGGCCCCCUGGGAGAGACGAGAGGAUAGGCCCAGACCCCAGGGACUGAAGAAAGAGCCAAACCCAGCUUACAGAUGCACCACCCCAGAGAAGGAGUUCCAAAGAGCCCCCCAAAACAUAGCCACUAAAUCCACGGAGGGGCACCACUUUAACACUCUGCUGCGUCAUCCGAAGAGGGUAAAGCCAUCAGCCAAGGAGAAACUGCCUCCCUCUCUCCUGUCCCCUCCUCCCAGCACCUGGGCAGGAGGGACCCAAAGCUGGUGAAAGGGGGCGAGGUGGACACGAAGAAGGUGAAUGGCAUAGGGACCUUCUCCCUACUGAGGCCUCUGGUCUGGAGGGGCCUGAUUCGGGACUCCCAUAUGACACCAAGUCAAGUUCCAAAGAUUUGAAUGUCAGGCUGAUCUGGGCCUAAGUCCCCCGACAAAAUUCUCAGCCAGAGCAGGGAAAGAUUCCACCACAGAAUAAAGUGGUGGAGGGAGAAGCAAGCAAAGUUGUGUUUUGAUGACAUCCAAACACCACGAAUUUUUCCUUUACAUGCUAUAGCCUCUAGGGAGAGCUGUAAUGCCAGAAUAAACAAGAUCUGUGGAAACCCAGAAGAGGAAGCAUAUAUUUCUGCCUAGGAAGUGUGGGGGAGAUUCUCAUAGCUGAGUGCUAAGGAAACAAAUAGUAAAUACUGCCUGUUCUCAUGCCGCACUUGGCUAUGCCAAGUGCUACACAAUAGUCUUAUUGAAAUCUCGCAUCCACCCUUUGAGGUAUAUGUUAUCAUCCCAAUUCUACAACUGAGGCUGGUCCAGUGCAAGCAGGGGAAGUGGCUUGCUCAAGGUCACAGCUUGUGGCAGGUGCUGUCAGCACCCCGACGGGCCACAUCCUCUCAGCACUCGCUGUCCCAGGCAUACCCCAGCUUCCUAUACUGCAGGACCAUGCUGGGCUCGCCCAGUGGACAAGUCAGAAGGACUGGGGAACCACAGUGAGAUACCACUUCCCACCCAUUAGGAUAGCAAUAAUAAUAAUAACAACAGAAAAUAAGUAUUGUCAAUGAUGUGGAAAAUGGGAGCUCUUGAACCCUUGUCUCCAUUGCUGGUAGGAAUGUAAAAUGGUGCAGUCACUGUGGAAAACAGUCUGGCAGGCCCUCAAAAAGUUAAACGUGGAAUUACCAUGUGACCCAACAAUUCCACUUCCACAUAUUUACCCAAAAGAAACUGGGGAACCACAAUGAGAUACCACUUCCCACCCAUUAGGAUAGCAAUAAUAAUAAUAACAGAAAAUAAGUAUUGUCAAUGAUGUGGAAAAUGGGAGCUCUUGAACCCUUGUCCAUUGCUGGUGGGAAUGUAAAAUGGUGCAGUCACUGUGGAAAACAGUCUGGCAGGCCCUCAAAAAGUUAAACGUGGAAUUACCAUGUGACCCAACAAUUCCACUUCCACAUAUGUACCCAAAAGAACUGAAAACACGUUCAUACAAAAACUCAUACAUGAAUGCUCACAGCAGCAUGAUUCACGACAGCCAAAAGGUAGGAACAACACAAAUGUCUAUCGACUGAUGAAUGGACAAACUGUGAUAUAUCCUUGCAAUGGAAUAUUAUUCAACUAUCAAAAGCAAAGAAGUAUACCCAGAAGAACUGAAAACAGGAACAAUGCAGCAUUAUCACAAUAGCCAAAGGUGGAGACAGCCUAAGCAACCAUCUACAGAUAAAUGGAUAAACACAAUGUCAUAUAUCCUCAUAAUGGAAUAUUACUCAGCAAAAAAAGGAAAUAAAUACUGAUGCAUGCUCUGACAUGGAUGAAUCUUUAUGCUAAACAUUAUAAACAUCACGCUGAG